AUGGCAAAGCAUAUCCAUUAGACAUUUGUGUUUAUUCUUCUAAUUAAUAUGUCGCUCAUUGCCAAUUAGCUUUGUUUAAGAUAAUAAGCAAAAAUAAAAUCAAUCAUCAGGGGUCAAUAUAAAAAUGCAUUCAGUCAAAACAAAGGGACCUUAAUUACAUCAAAAAUGCUAAAUAUUUUCGUAGGAGGUGAUAAAGGAAGUUGCUUAAGGGAUACUAUUUAUAUUAUAACUGUAUAUACAUUGAGUUCGUUAGGGUAUUCAAUAAACUUCGGGUUAUUGUAAAAGUAUGAAAUAAAUACCUUAAGAAUAUGGUUUUGGGAUGGAGAUAAUCGAUAAUAUAAUAUUAAAAUCUUCAUUCUAUUUGAUGGCCAUGAAACUUAGAUUUAUAACAAUUUAGCAAACAGUAUAUUGACAGUAACUUUUCCUAGUCAAAUAAUCUCAGGAUUUAGGAUACUAAAUGUUGCAGGAAAUACUGUUAAUACUUAGAUGCAUAUUCUUAAGGUUGAAGGUUUCUAUAAAUUGUUAUGA